AUCUUAAAUAAACAAGUAUGGCUCACAACGACCAACACCAGGAUGAUCAUUAUCAUCCAAAAACGACACUGGAAACGUGGAAGGAAUACUGGAAAACACCUGAUGUAUGGUUCAACAAACCAGAUUUGAAUGAACUAUUCAUAAAUUACCAUCAAAGAAUGCUGGCAAGAUCAGGUAUGAGGAUAUUUGUGCCUCUUUGUGGAAAGGCUGUGGAAAUGAAAUGGUUGUUGGAUCAUGGACAUAAAGUGGUGGGAGUGGAGGGAGCACCUGUCCCUUGCAAAACUUUCUUUGAAGAAAACUGCAUUUCUUACGAUGUUAAAGAUAUGGCAGGCAUUCCCGGAGAAAAAUAUGAGAGUCUAGAUCACAACAUGGUAAUUUAUAGUUGUGAUUUCUUUCGAUUCACUGCAGACAUCUGUGGGGAGUUUGAUGGAAUAUGGGAUAGCGGUGGUCUGAAUUCUAUGGCUGUUGAGGACAGAGAAGCAUACAUUCACGUAAUCCGCAGGUUGAUGGGAAAAGGGUGCGUCAACCUGACCAUAUUUAUUAAUCUUGACAACUCCAUGACAUAUGAAAAAAGCAUGACAAAAGAGGAAUUGGAGAAAGCGUUUGGUGAGGGAUUCAUAGUGGAAGAUGUAAAAGAGAUAGAAGCUCCCGAGAGAUUCAAAAGUAUUGGUUGUGAUACGCUCCAGCUGUUUGCUAUCACAAAAAUCUAA